AUGCCUGGCAUCACUAGACCAGCCCUUUCCCUCGCAGCCUCCAAGGCCCGAUCGAAGCCAGCAAAGACCGUCUCCGCAAACGAGAAUCUCGACUGGCACCCAACUUCCUGGCGCUCCAAGCAUCUUGACCAGGACAUUGUCUACCCAGACGAAGGCAAGCUGUACCAGGCUCUCAGCAAGAUCAGCCGCCUUCCUGGGCUCGUGACUCCUGCCGAGAUUGAGCGCGCUCGCGAGGACUACGCCCGUGGUGCUCGAGGCGAAGCCUUCUUCAUCCAGGGUGGUGACUGCGCCGAAGCUUUCGACGAGUGCAAUGAAGAACACAUCUCUGCCCAACUUCGCGUGCUUCUUCAAAUGAGUCUGGUCAUCUUUUUGGGCGCCAAGGUUCCCAUCGUCCGCGUCGGACGUAUCGCGGGCCAGUACGCAAAGCCCAGAAGCAAGCUAAUGGAAGUAGUCAAUGGAAGAGAGUACCCAUCGUUCCGUGGAGAUUCGGUCAACGGCGUUGCACUGCACGAUAGACAGCCCAAUCCUGAGCGCUUGCUUGCUGCACACUUUCACAGCUCCUCGACUCUCAAUUACUUGCGCAGUCUGAACUGCGAGCAGCAAAUCUUCAAUGCUGCCAUCGGAGAGCUCGACUUUGAUGCAGAGUCCAUCGUCGACGACGUGCUUCGACUCAACGCCUACAAGUUUCAUGCUCGCAUCGAGGAUGUCAUGCUGGCGUCGGCGCGCCAGGCAGACGCGUCGGACGUCAAGUCGCUAGAACGCCUGCAGGAAGCAGUCGGAAGCGAGAUGCUCUGGACCUCUCAUGAAGCGCUCAACAUUCCCGUCGAAGAAGCCAGCAUCCGCACAGUCUUGCACGAUUCCACUGGCGACUUGCGUCACUACAACACCUCGGCUCACAUGCUUUGGAUAGGUGAGCGCACUCGCCAGCUCGAAGGCGCCCACGUGGAGUUCAUGCGCGGUAUUCGUAAUCCCAUCGGCUGCAAGGUCGGACCGAGCAUGCAGCCUGCCGAGCUGGUGGAGCUCCUCGACAAGCUCGAUCCUCACUUUGAAGAUGGUCGCGUUACGCUCAUCACACGUCUCGGUGUCGACAACGUCGAGCGCUUCUUGCCCGCUCUCAUCGACGCUGUCCAAAAGUCCGGACAUUGCCCUCUUUGGCUCUGCGAUCCUUGCCACGGCAACGGCAAGACGACGUCGAAUGGAGUCAAGACUCGAGAUUUUGCCGACAUGUUCGGAGAGAUUGAAAAGUGCAUCUCUGUACACGGUGCGCUCGGCAAUCCUAUUGGAGGCCUGCACCUCGAGCUUACUGGUGAUAAAGUGACGGAAUGCACGGGCGGAUGCAUCCCUCUGGCUGAAGAUGGUCUGGGGGCGGCUUACAAGACUUUGUGCGAUCCCAGACUCAACGCCGAACAGAGCUUGCAUCUGGCGUUGCUCGUCAGCCGCAGGCUCGAGGGCGACAAUUUGCACUCUCAUCUCGUUUCUACUGCCAAUUCGGCGGCCAACUUUGUGGCGGACACUCCUGCCGCCUAG